UUCGUUGCGUUGCAGCGGGAAAGCCGAACUGUUGAGAACGGUGUUCUCUAUUGAGUCCGAAUCCCGCCUAUAUAGAGAUGCUGAGCGACCAGAUCCUGGCUCAGGGUUUCCAUCCCGAUCACCUACUCCCAGGAAGCAGCUGUUACGACAGUCAGCACUUUUUGACAUGAACCCACUGCAGCACACUGGUGAGGAAGAGCCUGGUGACAGCUCGUCAGACAUUGAAGAAGUCACACGCUUGUAUGGUGUGUAUGACACCCCAGCCCUGAAGAGCUCAAUUGAAAGUGGUCGUCACCAGCAGCAACAGUAUUUCCAUCAGCAUUCAAUACACACAGUGCCCAGUUCUCAAUUCUAUCAACAGCAACAAACUUUGCAGCCUGGAUUAUUUCGGAGUCAGAAUUUUUAUCAAAGUAAAUGGCAUUACCAUUCCGUCAGAGAUUCUACACCACUACCCAAACAUUCUCAUAACCAUCUGCCUUUUCGCGGAGGACGCCACCUAAAUGGAGUUCUGUUGCCUCUCUCCAGUGGACCUACACCAGUUCUUAUUGCUCCUGACCGCUUUUUGUCACGUUCACAUCUUGUACAAGUUACUCAUGCACCGCCACAGCUUGUCUCUGGCUGUGAAUGGGAUAAGCUAUCAGAAGGUAUAUGGAACAAAUUCAUGAUACAUCAGCAAACAGAAAUUACGUAUAGGAAGAAGAUAUUGCUCUGGAAAUGCCUGUCAGAUUUCAUUCAGUCAUCAUUCCCGCGCUAUGGGCUGUUCCUUGUGGGCUCCACCAUGAGUGGAUUUGGAAGUGAUGCCAGUGAUGUGGAUAUGUGCCUUCUUGUACGUCAUACUGAAGUGGCUCAACGCAGUGAAGCUGUUAUUCAUCUGAAAUAUGUUCUGAAGCAUUUGCGGCGCUGUAAGCACUUAACACGGCCAGAAUUAAUCCAAGCUAAAGUGCCUAUCUUGAAAUUCCGUGACACAAGCUUCUCUCUGGACGUAGACCUGAACUGCAACAAUUCUGUGGGAAUACGUAACACACAUCUGCUCCACUGCUACUCGCAAAUGGACUGGAGAGUGCGUCCUCUGGUACUCAUUGUCAAGCUGUGGGCCCACAAACAUGAUAUCAACAAUGCCCAACAUAUGACAAUAUCGAGUUAUUCAUUGGUUCUUAUGGUCAUUCAUUUCUUACAGUGUGGUGUUGCACCUCCAGUACUUCCAUGCCUCCAUGAAAUGUAUCAAGGUAAAUUCACCCCACAUUCAGAUGUCCUGAUGAUAGACAUGCAUGAAGACUUGCAACCAUUCAACUCAGACAAUAACCAGGCACUGGGCGAGCUUCUGCAUGACUUUCUGCGCUAUUACGUAGAAUUUGACUUCAGCCAGUAUGCCAUUUCUGUGCGGUUGGCAUCCCGUGUACCAAUAGAAGAAUGUAGCGCUCUUGCAUGCAGAAACUACCCCUAUCAAAGGAAAUACCUGUGCAUUGAAGAGCCAUUUGAUCUCACAAAUACAGCUCGAUCAGUGUAUAAUCAUGGUGUGUUUGAAAGGGUAAAGGCAGUGUUCCGAACUUCAUACAACAACCUGAAGGAAACUCGCAACAUUGAGAGUAUAUUCCACUUAGACAAAAAUGAUUAGAUACAUCCUUUUUGUUUGCCUUUGUCUGGAAGAGGAAAAGCCUACCUCAGUGGACAGGAAACCUGAGGUGGCCCAACAAGAAGAGGUCCCUAAAGAAGACGCCACAGUGAUGCCGGUCAGAGGACCGAAGAAGAAACGGCGUACGGACCGAAACUCAGCUUCAGGGCUUCACGUACAGCCGGAAGAAAGAAUCCGGAGAUGUGGAUCCCGGAGAAAGAAGUUCGCUGUAGCUCGCAUGGAGGCGACAUGGGAGAAGUGUGCAUCCUAAAAUAAAUUGGCCUUCGCCCGCAGAGGGAUAACCCACCGUGCGAAAAUGUCAUGGAAAACGAAGGAAACCGACAGGAAGAUGUCCCGUCGUGCAGCAGUGGAACGACGCAGGAGAGACAUCAUCGGGACGAGCACGACCCAGGAAAAGUGUCACCCACGGAAGGAACUGGUCACUGCUAGAAUUAGGACGAUCACUGUGCAAAGAAAACGCCGUCGGGAAAGCUCGUGCCAGGAACAAUGUGGUACGAGGAGCCCCGAAAGGACUGAAAGAAGUGCAAAAGCGAAGUACUACAAUAAAUAUUCGCUACAUCCAUGACCGGCGUGAAGUUAUUUGUCUCGUCACACAGCGAACACGUGACAGUAUGUAUGAUAUACAUCAUAUGUGAUAUAUCAUAUACAGAAUCAUAUACGUUUUUGACAACUUUACAAACUGUGGAUUUUACACUUUACAACACCAAUUAUGAAAUGUUUUAGGACAUUUCAAUUGUAUUGCUCAACUAUGGAUCCAUUUUAAACGACACAUUCAGCAAGAGCGUAAUACUCGUAUAUUUGUGAUUUUACAUGUAUACACCUGAAGAUUGUUAGCCAAGAUCGAAACAAGCAGUGUUUUAAUUUGACAUAAUAAACAUAUUGACCCAACGGUAAAUCAAAUGCUAUUAUAUGUUAUUAUAUAACAGCCAAAAUAUCACGUGUUAUGCUGGGACAUUACAGAAACAUUGAUUGUAUCUUCACAACAGGAUGCAAAGCAUAAAAACUUUACGAACUCCUUUUCUUAUAGGUGUAAUUCCAAUUUCACACGAAAUCUAGUUGAAGUUGAUGUU